GCCUUUAGAGUAUAUGUUGCAGUUUCAGUCGUGUCAUGGAAAUUUGGACAGCAAUAUGAUAAUCAACAAUGUUUACCUAAUAGGAAGCAUAAUGGAUUAUUACGUAUAAGAUUUUCUACCAUUCAGUCUUACAAUGACCUGCAACAAUACAUGGUUUUAGCAUGGACGACCCAGCAUUGAAAGAUGUAUUGGAGACCAUCAAAGAUGGGCUCGCUAUCAGUUACCGAAAGUCCGGGCACUUGGCCAGGAUAAGGUCACAGCAUGAUGUCAGAAUUAAGCUGGAGUAUGCAUCUGAAAAGAGGAUAAUUCAGAUGAAGCGACCAGUUGUCUACGAGGAGCUGCUGGACAAGGUCAUGGUUGCUUAUACCCUCGAUCAUGUCGCGCUCCAGUACACGCUUUCAAACAGUGAGGUGAUCGUGCCGAUACUCAGCCAGCAGGACCUGGACAGGGCCAUCGAGCUCGUUGACCGCAGCGACCGCGCGCGCAGCCUCCGCAUGCUCGUCACGCAGCACGUCGUCGACGACGAUAACGAUGACGAUGACGCGCUCGCGAGCCGUCUCUCGCAGACGCCCGAGUCCAUCAACAAGAUAUUCGCACCCGGUAAUUCCGGCCACCGAGCGGAUUCUCCGCCUCCAGGUUGUGUUCCGACGGAGUGGGACAACGACGGCGUGCUGACAUCGCAGCAGGGAAGGCCGAGGUUCUGCGGCGAAUCUAAGGAAGGCAUGUUCAUCCCCGAGGAUCCCGAAGAGUUCAGCAGUUCAGACCUAUCACGAUCGAGUAGUUAUGCAUCUAUUGGUAGCUUGCACUCAUUUGGAAGCAAUAAUACUUUUCCAAUACGAGGCAAACCGCCUGAGGCGAGACAGCAUGACUCUAAAGGUGGAACGUUUCCAAAGAGGCUCUCUCGUCACAGAGAGGACGAUUUAGAGAGGAACACGGUUCCGCGAGCGAGGAGAGGAGGCCACCCUAGUCCGUCGGAGCUGAGGCAGCACAGCAGCAUCACGCAGCACAGGUCGAGCAGCGAGCGCUCGCUGAGUGACAGCAGCAGCAGCAGCGGCCUCGCGCCAGAGUUCGACUCGUACGGCGACCGGCAGAAGCGCGGCAGCGACUUCGACAUCGCCUCGCUGUCGUCCAUGUCGAUGCGAGAUCCCGACAGUGCGAGAUCACCCAGAGCGCCGACAAAUUGGCGGCUGGGUAAACUGCUGGGUGCUGGAGCCUUCGGGCAAGUCUACCUGUGCUAUGAUGCUGACACGGGGCGUGAACUGGCUGUGAAGAAGGUCCAGCUCUCCCAGCACAACCACGAACAGAGAAAGGAGGUGAUAGCACUCGAGUGUGAGAUACAGCUGCUGAAGAACAUGCGACACGAGAGGAUCGUUCAGUACUUUGGUUCGUUACAGGACGAGCAUGAACUAUGCAUCUUCAUGGAACACAUGACGGGGGGUUCUGUGAAGGAUGAAAUCCGAAGCUACGGAGCACUAACCGAGAGCGUUUGUCGGAAGUACACGCGCCAGAUACUCGAAGGCAUUUACUUCUUACAUUCCAACAUGAUAGUCCACAGGGAUAUUAAGAGUGCCAAUAUUCUGCGUGACUCGACUGGGAACGUGAAGCUGGGUGAUUUCGGAGCAUCGAAGCGUCUGCGCACCAUCGUAAGCCAGACUGCAAUCAAGACUGUGAUAGGUACUCCAUACUGGAUGGCUCCGGAAGUGAUAAAUGGCGAUGGUUACGGCCGUAAAGCGGACAUCUGGAGCAUCGGCUGCACCGUCUACGAGAUGCUGACGACGAAGCCGCCGUGGUCCGAGUACGAGACGAUGGCGGCCCUCUUUAAGAUAGCGACGGAGCAGCCGACGCUGCGGCUGCCGGCGAGCGUCUCGCAGCAGGCGCGUGACUUCCACCAGAUCGUCUUCCAGCGCGAGUCGCGCAAGCGGCCGUCCGCCGAGGAGCUGCUCAAGCACGCGUUCGUGCAGGUGCACGGCCCGCCCGUCUACAGCCAAUAGCCGCCGCAGCCUUCGCGCUGAUCUGGAACCCGACCUCAGCGUUGUCCUCGGCAUUGACCUUGGUGGCGAUCUUGGCAUUUACCUUGGCGGCGACCUUGGCAUUGACCUUGGUGGUAACCUUGGCAUUGACCUUGGCGGUGACCUUGGCAUUGGCCUAGGCAGCGACUUCAGCAUUGACCUUGGUGGUGGCCUUGGCAUUCACCUUGGCAGCGACCUCAGCAUUGACCUUGGUGGUGACCUUGGCAUUGACCUUGGUGGUGACCUCAGCAUUUACCUUGGUGGUGGCCUUGGCAUUGACCUUGGCAGCGACCUCAGCAUUGACCUUGGCAGUGACCUCGGCAUCGACAUUGACCUUGGCAGCGACCUUGGCAUUGAGAUUGCUAGCAACCUUAGAGGCCUCCAUGACGACCUUUUCCGCGACCUCGGUGACUUGACGACCCCGACUACGACCUUGUCUGCGACGACCUCGAUUGCGACCUUUGCAGCCACCUUGAUCGAGAUCGUCAUCGUUCUGGAUGGCGAAUACGGCAUUCGUCGCACCGUGACCCAGUACGGCCAGCGGAACAAUUGUUGCGAAAGACCGGCGAAUGUCGUCACUGCUAGUGCUGAAUGUGCCGAAUUGGUUGUCCCACGUUCUUCACCGGUGUCGCGGAGUCAGAUCGCAGAGCAUGCCGACUGCAGGCAUGUUCGUGUGCAACACACAUCGCAGAUCUCGCGUCAGCUCUCCUGCUCCAGCAUGAUCCGACGUGGGGAUGGUGAAAUUGGCCCGUUGUCAAUUGCUGCUGCUAGUCUCCCUAGACACCCCCGGUGACUGGCUGCCAUAGAUUGAUCGUAGGUCGUGAUACUUACCCAGGUGAACGUGCUGCACGUCUGGGAAGCAACUUUGUAAAAAAAACUUGUACAUUUCACUCGGCAGUGUAAAGCGUGCGUUUACUUUGAUUUAGAUUUAGUGCUGCAGUGAUAGCAUUUCCUCUGGAAUUGCUUAUAUGGUGCUGGGUGGCCAUGAGCAGAAGUGCUCGGCUACUGUAUCUAAUUGCUUUUGGGAGAAGGGUUUAUAUAGCAGUGCAUGUGCUUACUGUUCACAAUGGGUCUUGCUCGUGAAAAUAUUGGCAUUCUGUGGGUAACGUGAUUUCUGUGCUUAUAUUAAGCACACUGGCUGGCAUUGUUAAACUGGCUUUUAUAUACCAGUUAUCAAUUUUAAAGAUGGUGACAUAUUUAUUUUCGUGUUUUAUUACCUACACCCUGUAUGUAAUCGAAUAUCCCCUGUCAGAUAAAUAUCUGCUUGCUCUCGCUCUGAGAUCAAAAUUCUAAUACUGUCGCAUGAAUUUUUUAUUCAAUCUCCUACAAUUUGGCUGUAAUCUAAUUGCGCUUGUUCCCAUUUAUCAAUAAAUUCAGUUAAAGGCAAAAAUGUAUAUCUGUAGAAUGUGCUUGUAACUAGAUCAACCUCACAGGUCUCGUGUUGGGGUGGACGUGCAGUGCUUAGGUGUGGGUGUAUUUGGGUGAGUGCGCGCGCGCGUGUGUGGCACGUACAAACUGCGCUGAGGGUAUCAAAGUAUGUAGUAGACAUUCUGAGUGUUAUCUGUAUUUGGGGGGAUCUACCGCGGAUAUGGCUCUGCCUCAUGAGACGGUUUUUAACCGAUCUGUGUUUUCUCUGUGUACGUGCUUGCUCGUUCUUUGCAACCUAACUCCUGUUUAUAUUAAUCUCAUUCUUAUAAUUGUCACCAGUCUCUUGGGUUGAAGUCAUUCUAAAGGAUGCAUGCCCUUCACAGUUGAUACAAGCAAUGAUAUUUAGGUGGGUUGUUGUGACGUUGACGUUGACUUGUGUAAUUUUGGGUGUGGAUGGCCAUCCCUCUCCCACACCUUUACCUAAAUUUUGGAAUUAUAUUACUUUGUAGUUUGGCAUAAGACGAUUAAAAUGCGUUGCCGUCAAGUCAGGAUUUUUUUAAUAGCACGUUGUGCCUCAUUGUGUGUGCCUCAUUUCAUACCUAAAGUUUACAGUGUACCCUUUUUAAAACCUAUGCCUGAUUGUGUACCUCCUUACAUUUCUAUGGUUCAUUGUGUGCCAUUCCGUACACAAGAUUCACAACGUGUUUUAUCACAUUCAGAGAUUUUACAAUGUGCCUUCUCCCACUAAAUUCGAGAUUUGCAAUAUAUUAUAUGCACAUGUUUACGAUACGUCCAAUCCAGACCCAAAGUUUUACAGUGCGUCUUAUUUCAUACCUAAACUUCACAAUGUGUCUUAUUUCAUACCUUACCCAAUGCAUCGUGAGAAAAGAAUACAAAUGUUUAACAAAUUGUUAAAUUCCUGUAUAACAUCGGUAAACGCUGCAUGCUUCAUUAGUGAAUUGUGAGAUUAGUUUUUUCUCUUUCGUGUAUAAGUGCAACCUGUUGCAGCUCACCAUUUUGAUGAAGUGCCUUUUGAAUGAACGUAGAAGGUAGUCUGAGACAGAUGCGACGGUCAUUCGCAUAGGUUAUUGUAGAUAUUUUACCUAGUGGGCGCAUGCGCAUUACUUAAUGUACAGAAACGAGGUCUGGAGAAUUUUUGUUUGCGCGUCUAUAAACUACACCACUUUAUAUAGAAAUAAGAACGUGUUUUAUUCAAGUAUGUACAAUAUACAUACAUGUACAUGGUGAAAAUUCAUUCGGGAAUCGCAAUGUAACUGAGAGCUUGAUCGUAAGGUAAAUAGUGUUCUCGCCUGACUAGCUUACUGUUUAUGUAUACUUUUUUUGCGGAUAUCCUUUCUUUGAUUCUACUCAUAUAUGCCGUAUUAUCAUUUGGGACGCCCUAAAUAUCUUCUUUAUUCCAUAAAUCGGGCGCAACUACUUUUUCUUAUUUCAGUAGUCCCGAUCUGUCUGCACACAAGUCGUAGUCGCCACCAUAUCUAUGUGUGGUAACGCAACACUUGCUUUCAUUAGUUGUGUAUCGAUUUUACGACUAUUGAAAAAGAGGCUGAAAGAAACUUGCUGCACUGAUACGCAACUAGUAGCUGUCGGGGGGGGGGGGUUGACCCGAGAUUUCCGUGUCUGUGGUAUGAUGAUAUCAACUAAAAAAAACUCUAGUUAAUUAAGUACGUAACCGACCUGUUUUUGGACUUGAACAGCAACCUAAUUAAUAAUAAAAUCCAAUUCGACAGCCACUAAAAAAUAUUUAAGCAUCGGAAAUAUAACGUCUCGUGUCUUGUACAGUUUCCAGUCACGGAACAAGUGCUCUAUUGUGCGAUGUCGCUAUCUUAUUGCGCAUCGUAACUCUAUAGAAAUCCUAUGCAAAUGAAUUUCCAUUUCAGUCAUGGAACACUUUUGUCGUAGUGCUUUUGUCGUUGUUUUUUGUUCUACGGCAACCGAUUUGCAGGGGCUUACGCCUAAUGUUAAUAGUUACGCCCAUGGUUUUAGCGAGCCCUUGUCUCACUCAUGCAUUCCUCGCUAAAACUUCCGCUUGUUCACACGCUUCAGCGACAGUACCACCACGUCGCUGUAGGUACUUGAUGUGAUCUGUUGAAAUGAAAAGCUCCUGAAGGUGAUAUAACCAGAAGUCUAUAAUAUAGAGAUUAUAUAUUAUAUCUCUAUAGUAUACACUCCUGAUGUAACUGUAUAGUGCUGGAUACACUGAAUCGCAUGCUGUCGUUAAUUUAAGACUAAAACACCCGGCGCGAAUAACAACUGUAAAUGCGCCGUGGUUCAUGUUACGAUGUCAGUAACCGAGCCAGUAGUCCGAGAAUUUGACACCUCCCCCUCCUCCCUUCCCUGCAAAUUACAUCCUAUUAUGUAAAUGCAUUGUAUAAUAGUAUCAAUAGGCCAUUAAGAUUAAUUAAUCUAUUAUUAAUUAAUUAGUGCGCCCUUGAUAAUGUGCCGCCUUUGCCUCCUAAGCGGGUGUCGGCACCCCCGUCACCUUUGCGCACGUACGGUUUGGGCAGACGACGCCGUCAUCGCAGCACGGCCAAUGAUUAUCUCGCUUGGGUAACAACUGUUUGGGAUUAAAGGUUUUGGGGAUUUUUAAAGUUGCCCCUCCGCCCGCCUAGCUCUUCUAAGACGAGUAUGGUUCAGUUAGUUAUUCUAUGGUUAGUGCUAUGUUAUCUGAUUCUAAUGCUUCCGAUUCGCCCAUGUCUUUCUAAUGCGUAGUUUCCGAUCCCGCGGCUCCCCCUUUUAUCAUGUCGUUCACUGAUAUUAGAAUAUUUCCUCUGUUCUGUAAAUGGAGCCAAAUAUGCAGUUUGAUGUUUGAAGAGAAAUCGCUUACUCGUGUUCUCUGGUCUUUUUGCUGUGGUUUGAGCAGAGCAGCGAGUCUUCAAUGUAUUUGCUGCAGUGGGAAGCGGGGCUUGCAAACUUCACCUGUUAGACAUAUCUGUAAAGAAUCUAGCUGUUUUGCCGAAUUGCCGUCUUCUGCUUCGCGUCUUCUCGUCCGUUAGCCAGUUGGCAUUGCAAUGGCAUACAAUUAUGUGAAAAUAGUACAUAGUAUGCGUCUAAACUUUCGUGUACUCGUGUUUUUUUAGCUUGUUGUUAUCAUUAUAUUCUGUACUAAAGCAGUAGACAUAUUUCUGUGAAUAUAUAUUUACAUAGGUCUGUCUUUAUUCACCCCUUAUAUAUCAGAGGGUGAGUACAGACAGACCUUUAUAAAUAUUUGAUGUAUAGUUUUAGCUUUUUUUGCCGUGCUGCUCGACACGUUGUUUUAUUUACUGCGUAGUAGCCAUCAAUGAACACGCUGGCUGUAAAAGUUCGGUACUAUGCUGUCGUUGUUCGCUGUGUUGUGCGUUAUGUUAUGAAUUGUUCAUGUAACGUUACGAGAGAACGCGUUUCUCUUUGUGUGUUGAACGCUAGCGGUUGGAUUUACAUACAGUCUAUUGUUCUCGUAUUAUAUGAUAAAACUCAUGUUAAAUAUCA